AUGAGUCUACUUAAAGCAUGGCUCACGCCUAUGUGCAGCCAAAAGCCUGCUUUUGUGCAUGCAACUGAGUGCGUGUCUAUGUUAGCAUGUCCUUGGUGCGGUCAAGAAAACCCUAACAAAAGGGAUAAAGAGAAACAGCCUCAAACUACCACUACAUUCAAAGAGUCUGUUUCUCAAAGCAGAGAACUCCGGCAGAAAGCUAUAGUGAUUGGGAAGAAGUUUUUACCUGGACGGAACAACAUUGGAUCCUCAGUUCUAUCAGCAGAAAAGAAGACUAUGGCAGAGGGACAUUAUAAUCUAUCGAUUGCUCUUUAUAAGCCCAAGAACGAUGGAUCCCCCUGGUUCAAUGGUAAAUGGACAAAAGUCGCGAACUAUAGCAUCUUAUUAGCUCAAUACGAAGUCUUCGAUAUCCGCACCCCCGCUGAAUUGAUCAAGAAUCUCGAACCCUCAUGUCGGGAGCUACAACAACUACUUAAAUCUAAGGCCCAGUAUACUCCUCGACUUGCAUCAACAGCAAACGAGAGAAUGGCUGAAUUUUUAUCGGAUACGGUACUUCAAGAAGGAUUCGAGAAUCUGCUUCUAAAUCUAGAAGUCGAUAAGAAGAAGCUCCGAGAAAAUCCUAAUCCGCAAUACAAAUUGCAUAUUUGUUUUGGGAAAUAUCCCGAAUUAGAAAGCAACGGUGAAUCACUAAGUGACAUUGAAUCACCAAGCGACAGUGAAUCACAAGAUGAUUAUAAGCGUACAAUCAAUAUCAGUGAUCAAAUCUCAGAUAAUGACAUCGACUAUUCUACCGAUACUACCAACCGUGCCUUCCCCCCAGUCGAUUUUUAUCCUCAAUCUGAUGCAUUGAAAAGAAGACGUGCUUCAUCAGCUACCUCAUUCCUAGUGUCUAAGCCAAAGAAGAAGACCCAAACACAAUAUAAUGGUAGCGCCGGUAUCACCAUUAAGAAAGAGAAGAAAGCCGAUCCCAUCAUUAAGAAAGAGAAGGAACCGUUUGGAAUUGCACAUACUCAAACUAGCCAUAAUGUAAUCAGUAUCUCUAGUGAUGAUGAAGCAAUAUCUGAUAAUAAUGAUGAAGCACUUAGUGAGGCGUUCCGUCUUUUAAAGGACGUCGUGAGACGGGCGAAGAAGAAGUCGAGUCUAGCGGAGAGUCUGGAUAAUGGAUUGAAAGUUAAGUGUGAGCUAGAGGAAGAAGCUAAUCUAUUGGCAGUACCUGUCGAGGAUGCUAGUCUAUUAAAAGAGCCAGCAGAGCAAUCCGAUCUGUUAGCAGUGGCUGCCGAGGAAUCUAGUCUAUUAUUAGCUCAGGAUGGACCAGCAUCCAACACUCGGAGACGGCAUGGCAAGUUGUUCCCUAAGAAACAUUUCCUUUGA